ACAAUUUUCCAAACCCCUCCCCACUCACUCCAUUCCCCAUUCGUGGAUCUCUCAAUUCUCAACAACCCAUACCAUCCAACCAUCAUUACUUAACAACAAUUACCCAAAACCCAAAAACAAAGAUAAAAAAACUCUCAACAUUAUCCCCAAAAUAAAAAUAUUACAGCCUACAAAUCAACUAUGCUUAUAAUAUUCCCUCUUGUGUCUCUUUCUACCAAUACAUCACCUCACUCGGACGUUUAUUUUUAUACUUUUCUAAGGAGCAGCUUCCACAAGAUCCAUUCUGUGUUGGUCAAUGAAACAAACACUAAGGUUUCUCGCCAACCAAACAGGAUGACAAUUGAAGAACCAGAGUCUAAUCCCCUGUUGGAUUGGCUGGACGACUCGGUGUCGUUCCUUCCGUCUUUCUUGGAUGAUCCGUACAGCUCCGGCGAUGUAUGGUGGGAUGAGAAUCGGAAUUUGGGUCAAGAUCUGAUCAGUGAUGCUAAUGUUGCUACUUCUAUUACUGGGGAUGCGGAUACGGUUGCUAUUGAUGGGGUGAGUGCAAAUCCGAGUGUUUCUGAUCCACCUUCGUUUGUAGAUGUAUCCAAGAAGCGGAAAGCUCCGCAGGAGGGGUUUCCGGGGGCGUCUCAGAGUCAACAACGGAGAAAGAAUCCGGAUGGCAUCGGUGAAAAUGAAGGGAUGGUGGUUGCGGCUAAGAAGGGGGUUGGAAACAGGAAGAGUGCAAACAAGCCUACAGGGAAUAACGGUAAUAACGGUAAUAACAAGGAAGGGAGAUGGGCAGAACAAUUGUUGAACCCCUGUGCUACGGCAAUAGGUGCCGGAAACCUCACGCGUGCGCAGCACCUACUGUUUGUUCUCUAUGAGCUGGCUUCACCGACCGGUGAUGCCAACCACCGGCUCGCAGAUCAUGGGUUGCGAGCCCUGAAUCACAUAGUCUCCUCCACUACAUCCUCUGCUUCCUCUGCUGCCGUAGGACCUAUAACUUUUGCCUCUACAGAGCCCAAAUUCUUCCAGCGAUCUCUGCUAAAGUUCUACGAGGUCAGUCCAUGGUUUGCAUUCCCUAAUAAGAUUGCCAACGAUUCUAUCCUCCAGAUUCUUGCUCAAGAACCAGAGAAGACGGGUAAUCUUCAUAUUCUUGAUAUUGGGGUUUCUCAUGGUGUUCAAUGGCCUACGCUGCUUGAAGCCUUGAGUCGCCGCUCCGGAGGGCCGCCUCCUUUGGUUCGCAUCACCGUUGUUGCAGCUGCUGCCACUGAGAACGAUCAAAUGGGGGAAACUCCAUUUUCCAUCGGUCCACCAGGGGACAGUUUCUACUCCAGACUUCCCAGCUUUGCCAAAUCCAUGAACAUCAAUUUACAAAUCAGUAGACUGGAGAAUCACCCGUUGCAGAAUCUGAAGGCAGAAUCCAUCAAAAACUCUCCAGAGGAAACGUUGAUUAUCUGUGCGCAAUUCAGACUCCAUCAUCUAAAUCACAACACCCCAGAUGAAAGAGCUCAAUUCUUGAGGGUAAUAAGAAGUUUGGAGCCAAAGGGGGUGAUUCUCAGCGAGAAUAACAUGGAACGUAGGUGCGGCAACGGUGAAGAUUUUACGACGGGUUUUUCACGGAGAGUGGAGUACUUAUGGAGGUUUUUGGACUCAACAAGUUCUGCGUUCAAAGGCAGGGAGAGUGAUGAAAGAAGAGUAAUGGAAGGGGAGGCGGCGAAGGCAUUGACAAACCAUGGAGAGAUGAAUGAAGGGAAGGAGAAAUGGUGCGAGAGGAUGAGAGCUGUAGGGUUUGUGGGAGAAGCAUUCGGCGAGGAUGCCAUUGAUGGAACUCGAACUUUGUUGAGAAAGUAUGACAACAACUGGGAGAUGAGCGUUGAAGAGAAAGAUAGGUGUGUUGGAUUGUGGUGGAAAGGGCAACCUGUUUCCUUUUGUUCCUUGUGGAAGUUGGAUGUUAAAAUAGAUGAGAAUUCAGAGCAGUUGUAGCCCUCUGUUUUCUUCUUCUACAUUCAAUGUAAAUAAAUGGAGUGUGAGUCUACUAAGUGAAUGCUGAUUAAGCUAUUUCAAUUUCAGUCAUGGUUUCAGAAUUGUUGCAUGCAAAUAAAAUAUACAGAUCAAGAGUAU